AUGGUGUCUUCUAGCAGUGAUUAUUCUUCCAGCUAUUCUGAGGAGGAUUCGAGAAUCCCUGCGGCUAAAACGCGUGCUAAGACAAACUGCGCCGAGGAAUCAAAGACGAGUGUGCCUCUUAAUAAUCGCAGAGUCACUUAUGUCGAGCUCAUGAAGAGAAAAGCUGAGGAUGAUAAGGCAGAGGAUCGUCAGCGUAGAAAGGAUCGAAUCCGGCGCAGAAUACUAGCGGCUGAGGAGAAACACCGAUUUGUCGACGGUGUGCCCUCUGACUCUGACGCUGACGCUUAUGAAGAGGAAACCGUGCGGUUUUUACCGGAGCGCAAGAUUAAGCCAGACCGGCGUACCAGAGAGCUCCAAAAGAUUGCAAAACGAGUUGAAGGUGAACUCGAAGCUGAGUAUAAAGCAGAAGAUGAUUCGGAUUCGGACGAUCUUGAUAUUCACCCAGAUUUCAUCAAUGACUCUGACAGUGAUUCCGACGAAGAAGAGAAUUAUGAGAAAGAUGAUGACUCCGACGAAUCUGAAAAAUCUGAUGACUCCGAUGAAUCUGAGAGUAUCUUUAUUCCUGAUCUUAUUUAA